AUGUUUGCAUACGCAAGGGAAAAAGCCCCCUGCAUACUUUUUUUGGACGAGAUUGAUGCGAUCGGUGGCAAGAGGACGAGUGAUUCCAGUUCAAGCGACAGGGAAGUGCAAAGGACAUUGAUGGAACUGUUGAAUCAGCUGGAUGGAUUUAAAGACCUGGAGGAUGUCAAGGUGAUAAUGGCAACCAACAGGCCUGAUAUACUGGAUCCUGCUCUAAUGAGGCCUGGAAGACUUGACAGGAAAAUUAACAUUCCACUACCCAACGACCAGUCUAGAAAGAAUAUACUAAAAAUCCAUUUUGGUGAGAUGGAGAAGGGUGAGGAGAUAGACCUUGAGGUUUUGGUCAAAUUGACUCACGGAUUCAACGGUGCCGAUCUAAGGAAUGUUUGUACAGAGGCUGGAAUGUUCGCACUGAGAGAGGAUCGGAACUAUGUGAUCAAUGAUGAUUUUAUUAAGUCUGCAAGGAAAAUUGCAUCUACCAAGAAGCUGGAAAGUAAAAUGGAUUACAAGAAGAAUUAA